UUUUUAACUGCAAAGCAAUGAAGCAAAGAAUCUCUUCUUAUACACCGCCACAUUGUGUUGCUUUCCUUUAUUCGUUGUUUCUUCCGAAGUUUUUGCCUGGACUCGAAUUUUGCAAUUGGAGGAUUCUUUUAUUACUGCUGAGAUUAGACAGAGUUGGAGAAAAAAGAUAAACAUCAUGAGUUUCUUAACAUUUAUAACAGGUUCUCCGAAAAAUUCUUGGCAACCGGCUAUGACUAUCGAUACUACAACAGCCUCUUACUGGCUUAACUGGCGGGUUUUGCUCUGUUCCAUGUGGAUUCUAAUGUCGAUGGUAUUUGCAUCAAUUCUUAUCUCUAAAUACGAAGGUCCACGCAAUGUUAAAGGAGGAAAAACUGAAAACGAACAAGACUCGGCUGGAGUCUUGUAUGAAGAUGAAGUCUGGAAGCCGUGUCUUCGAAGUAUACAUCCUGUGUGGCUACUUGCAUUUCGAGUCGUUGCUUUCACCGUGCUUCUGUUAAUGCUAAUCCUAAAUGUUGCCGUUGAUGGAGGAGAGAUUUUUUACUUCUAUACUCAGUGGACUUUUACAUUGAUUACCAUUUAUUUCGGGCUUGGAUCCUUACUGUCCAUAAACGGAUGUUACCGGCAUCAUAAAUUUGGUGGCGAUAAAUUUGAUGACAAGCAUUUUGACGCCGAGCAGGGCUCUCGAUACUCUGCAAGUGCACGUAAUUCUAAUGCAUCGUGUGCUACAAAAGGCAUGGACCUCAAUCAAGAACAUCCUGUUCGCCGAAUUGCUGGCUUCUGGGGUUAUGUCUUCCAAAUCAUUUUCCAGAUGAAUGCUGGAGCUGUGAUACUGACAGACACAGUAUUUUGGUUCAUACUCGUACCGUUUCUUACCAUUAAGGAUUACAAUUUGAAUUUUUUGAUUAUAAACAUGCACUCGAUCAAUGCCAUUUUUCUGAUUGGUGACACUGCAUUGAACUGCUUGCGAUUUCCUUGGUUUCGUAUUGGGUACUUUUUUCUCUGGACGGCUGUUUAUGUCGUUGUACAAUGGGUCGUCCAUGCUUGCAUCGCGCUUUGGUGGGCUUAUCCAUUUCUUGAUUUGUCGUCGCCAUUUUCUCCAUUAUGGUAUUCAACCGUCGCUCUGAUGCACAUACCAUGCUAUGGCAUAUUCGUGCUGAUAAUGAAGAUGAAACGCUAUUUGCUGUCAAAAUGGUUUCCUCAGUCUUAUCGAAGUAUGCAGUAAUGCAAUUUGAGGACCGGUUUUCUUUAUUCGACCGAUACACCUAUCGUAUAGAAGAACGAGGAAAGAUUUGUGUUUGUGGCUAGCAAUAUAGGAUAUGACUUUCUUUUGUAAAUUUUCAUAAGAAAUAUAAACAAUAAAUUGCAUUUUGAGGGAUAUAUAGCUGAUAAGAGAAUGUAAUACGAUCAUUAGUUGAGUCCACCCUUGUAACUUAAUAGAUCUGGAUGAAAUAGACAGCGAAUUUAGUUUUUA